ACAGUAGUUGACGCGGCACUGCACAGUAGUAGAGAAAAGCUAACGCGUGUAAAUGAAGUAGUGAGUAGAGCAAGAGCGACAAAGAGAGUGCCAGGUGUGUGAAGGAGCUCGUUACUUGGGAUCCAGUUGUUGUUAUUCUUAAUCGGAGAUCGCAGCGGCGGAUUGCAUGAGCGGCGGAUCGGAGGCGGUGUGAGCAGAGGAUCGAAAGAUGUCUGCGAUCAUAGUGUGCGGGAAGAGAUCAGCGCUGUUCCAAGACCUUCCUCCCAAGAGGAUCCGUUGUUCCUCUUCUUCUUCUCCCGUUCACCUCUCUCCUCCUCCUUCUUCCCUCCUCCACCACCUCGCCGCCCUUUUCCCUGACAUGGACCACCACCUUCUCGAGAAAGCUCUCCAAGAUUGCGGCAACGACAUCGACUCCGCUAUCAGAAGCUUAAACCAGCUCCGACUAGGAGCACCACCGCCUCCUUCUCUUGAUUCUACUCCCAUCGCAUCUGAUAUUGCUCCUCCUCAAUUGCAAGGUGGAGCAAAAUGUGAUGCAGAAGUUUCAGGUUCUGAUGAUCCAGCAGCUGGACUAAAGUAUCCUACAAGCGGUGCCGAAUGGGUAGAGCUUUUUGUUAUUGAAAUGAUGAAUGCUUCAAACAUGGAUGAUGCCAAAUCUCGAGCUUCAAGAAUGCUAGAGGCAUUGGAGAAGUCCAUUUGCGCAAGAGCAAGUGUUGAAACAGAGCGAAACAUUCACCAGGAAAAUAUGAUGCUGAAGGAACAAGUGGAGGCCCUUAUUCAAGAAAACGUGAUUCUGAAGCGUGCUGUCGGUAUUCAGCACGAACGCCAGAAAGAAUAUGAAGACAGAAAUCAAGAGUUGAAGCAUUUGAAGCAAUUAGUGUCGCAGUACCAGGAACAGGUAAGAGCUUUAGAGGUAAACAAUUAUGCAUUGACAAUGCACCUAAAGCAGGCUGAACAAAGUAGUUCCAUCCCUGGCCGUUUUCAUCCCGAUGUUUUCUAGGUAACAUGGCUGUUUCUGUAGUUUAAAUAAUCAUGAUUGAAGAAGAAACGAGGUAAUGAAUUUAUAUUACUCCACAUUUUUAAUUAAUGGUGGAUAUUGAAGAUUUAUACUAUUUAAUGAUGCGUGGAUGUGGCAAAAAAAUUGGUCCUCCCAUAUAUUAUUAGCUCUUUUGAUGCUGAUACCCAUGUGAUAAAUAUUUUCGAUGUGUUAGAAUUUUGAUUUGGCAUGCUUCAUGUAAGCCCCUGGAUGAUCUAGGACUGUGUCUAACUGUCUA